CUGGCGCCCGGGAAGGCCGCAGCCCUCGCCAUGACGGACCAGCAGGCCGAAGCGCGGUCCUUUCUGAGCGAGGAGAUGAUCGCCGAGUUCAAGGCGGCCUUCGACAUGUUCGACGCGGACGGCGGCGGGGACAUCAGCACCAAGGAGCUGGGCACCGUGAUGCGGAUGCUGGGGCAGACGCCCACCAAGGAGGAGCUGGACGCCAUCAUCGAGGAGGUGGACGAGGAUGGCAGCGGCACCAUCGACUUCGAGGAGUUCUUGGUGAUGAUGGUGCGCCAGAUGAAAGAGGACGCCAAGGGGAAGACCGAGGAGGAGCUGGCUGAGUGCUUCCGCAUCUUUGACAGGAACAUGGACGGCUACAUCGACGCGGAGGAGCUGGCGGAGAUCUUCCGCGCCUCCGGGGAGCACGUGACCGACGAAGAGAUCGGGGACCUCAUGAAGGACGGCGACAAGAACAACGACGGACGCAUCGACUUCGACGAGUUCCUGAAGAUGAUGGAGGGCGUGCAGUAAGAGCCCAGCCGCGCCCAGCCGCCCCUGGCCGAGGCCGCCGGACGGGAGCUCGGCCCCCCGGAGGCCCGCAGCCCCCGCCCUUGCC